UAAAGCACGAAACAUAUUUUUUUAGUUUGUUUGCUGCUUGACAAACUUAUCAAAAUAUAUGUGGAAAAAUAUAUUCAUAAGUUUUGAGCGCGUGUUAAGUAAGAUACAAAGAUUCUCCUCUUAAGACUUAAACAUUUCAUUCUAGAGCCAGUUAAUAAAAUCAAAAGGUUACCCAUGUGAAGAACACUUCGUCCGAACCGAAGACAACUUUAUCUUAAACGUACAACGUAUACCGCACGGUCGAAAUCAGAACCACACGAGACAAAAAGCAAAACCGAUCGUGUUUCUACAACAUGGACUAUUGGCCGAUAGCGCUUGUUGGGCUUUUAAUUUUCCCAAAACCAGUCUGGCUUUUAUCUUGGCUGAUAAUGGUUUCGACGUCUGGCUUGGAAAUUCGCGAGGAAAUAGAUACGCGAGAAGGAAUACGCAUCUGUCGCCUGAUUCCUUGAAGUUUUGGAAAUGGACGUAAGUAUUGGCAGUUUGCCGCAGGCAGCGAGGGAGGAAAGAAGAAAAGAUCAAUGCAAAAUAUUCUUUCCUAUUUUUUAACUAGAUUUGAUGCUAUGGCAAAGUAUGAUUUACCUGCAACAAUGGAUUAUAUUGAACGUACCACAGAACAAGAUCAACUGGUCUACAUUGGUCACUCUCAGGGAACUCUGAUCGCGUUUGCCGCUCUGUCCACUAAUCCUGAACUUGCAAAGAAAAUAAAGUUGUUUAUUGCCCUCGCUCCUAUUGUCACCAUUGGAAAUAUAAUGGUGCCUGAACUCAGAAUUCUGGCUGACAUUACUACGGCUAUUGAUGUAAGUAUUGUGAUGAUGACGGUGAUGGUCAUCAUGCUAAUAAUGAUGUUGUUGAUGAUGACGAUGGAUUGAUAAUGAUGAUGGUGAUGAUGAUGAUGGUGACGACGUUGAUGAUGUUGGCGGUGAUGGUGAUGAUAAUAAUGAUGAUGAUGAUGAUGACGACGAUGAUGAUAGUGAUGAUGGUGAUAAUAAUGAUGGUGAUAAUGAUGAUGAUGAUGAUGGUAAUAUAUGAUGGUGAUGAUGGUGAUGAUGGUGAUGAUGGUAAUGAUAGUGAUAAUGAUGGUAGUAAUGAUGCUGGCAACUAUAAUGAUGACGAUGAUGAUAAUGAUGAUAAUGAUGGCGAUAAUGAUGAUGAUGAGGAUGAUCAUGGUGACAAGGAUGGCAAUGAUGAUAGUGAUGAUAAUGGUGGUGGUAAUCAAUACAUCUCCGUUUGUCACAUUUUAUAUUUCCAGGCUGUGGCACCAGUUAUCGACGCGCCAUUUCUUCCCGGUAAUAUAUGGAGGACACAGUUUAUAGACAAAGGUUUUUGCAACGGGUUGACAGAGGAAAAGUUAUGUUAUCAAGUUGCAAAAAUUUUCGUUGGAGAUGAUCCCACAAAUAUAAAUUAUGUAAGUAAAUAUUUAUACAGUUUCCUUCUGUAGUAAUCCAUAAGGAAUAAUCCAUUAUCCAUCCAGGAAUAAUCCAUUAUCCAUCCGGGACUGAGUAUAAUUGAGAACUGAUAUCCAGUAUAAAUAAAGUAGGUCAAAAAAUCUUUCUCUUAAUUUCAGAGUCGCAUUCCAGUAUUUCUAAACGGUUUUCCAUCAGGAACUUCGUUACGAAAUCUGGUUCAUUUUGCUCAGGUAAUUUUAUUACUAUUCUACUAAACACACACGAUGUGUCACUAAGGAAAGGGCAAAACAGAGCUGAUGUGUUUUUUUGUUUUUGUUUUUUUUCAGUUGCUCGUCUCAGGAAAAUGUCAAAAGUUUAACUAUGGCAUCAUUGAAAACUAUGUACAUUACGGCCAGGUAUCAGAGAGGUGUCUUUACUGGAGUGUUGUCCGUAUUAUUGAGGUGCCUGUAUUAGAGAGGUGUCUGUAUUAGAGAGGUGCCUGUAUAAGAGAGGUGUCUGUAUUAGAGAGGUGUCUGUAUUAGAGAGGUGUCCACAUUAGACAGAUGUCUGUAUUGGAAAGGUGUCUGUAUUAGAAAGGUGUCUGUAUUAGAAAGGUGUCUGUAUUAGAAAGGUCUCUGUAUUAGAAAGGUGUCUGUAUUAGAAAGGUGUCUGUAUUAGAAAGGUGUCUGUAUUACAAAGGUGUCUGUAUUACAAAGGUGUCUGUAUUACAAAGGUGUCUGUAUUAGAAAGAGGUGUUUGUAUUGGAGAGGUGUCCAUAUUAGACAGGUGUCUGUAUUAGAGAGGUGACUGUAUUAGAAUGGUGUCUGUAUUAAAAAGGUGUCUGUAUUAGAGAGGUGUCUGUAUUAGACAGGUGUCCACAUUAGACAGAUGUCUGUAUUAGAAAGGUGUCUGUAUUAGAUAGGUUUCUGUAUUAGAGAGGUGUCUGUAUUAGAGAGGUGACUGUAUUAGAAUGGUGUCUGUACUAAAAAGGUGUUUGUAUUAGAGAGGUGUCUGUAUUAGAGAGGUGUCCACAUUAGACAGAUGUCUGUAUUAGAAAGGUGCCUGUAUUAGAGAGGUGUCUGUAUUAGACAGGUGUCUGUAUUAGAGAGGUGUCUGUAUUAGAAGGUGUCCACAUUAGACAGAUGUCUGUAUUAGAAAGGUGUCUGUAUUAGAGAGGUGUCUGUAUUAGAAAGGUGUCUGUAUUAGAAAGGUGUUUGUAUUAGAAAGAGGUGUUUGUAUUGGAGAGGUGUCCAUAUUAGACAUGUGACUGUAUUAGAGAGGUGACUGUAUUAGAAUGGUGUCUGUAUUAAAAAGGUGUCUGUAUUAGAGAGGUGUUUGUAAUUAGACAGGUGUUUGUAUUGGAGAGGUGUCCACACUAGACAGGUGUCUGUAUUGGAGAGGUUUCCACGCUAGAGAGGGGUCUGUAUUGAAGAGGUGUCCUCGUUAUAGGGGGUGUCUGUAUUAGAGAGGUGUCUGUUUUAGAGAGGUGGCCAUAUUAGAAAGGAGUCUGUAUUAGAGAGGUGCCCACUAGUGCUGUGCGCCGGAGUUGCGGAGCCGGAGUUAUGCCGAAGCUCCGGCGGUUUUUCCGACGCCGGAGCUGGAGCAGAAUUUUGUAUGCCGGAGCCCGGAGCCGGAGUUACGUUUUCCCAGCUCCGGCAAAAUGACAAGAAAACAAUAUCAAAUGAGACAAAUGUCAAACGAUUGUUAGUUACUGCAAACUGCCAAUUGCUGUUAAUGAAUUCAUCAUAGACUCAAACUGCCACAGCCCACAGGAAUAGCGUCGAAAAGCUGUAAUACGAUCGCAACUUACAAACGUCAUGCUUUCAUGAAGCCAUCUGACUUAGCCCUACAUACUGUAGUCUGUGUAUUCAUGCCUUGUAGAUAACGAAAAAGUACAAAACAAAUAAAUAUCAACCUUUUGAAAAUGACAGAGUACUUUGUUUGCAUGCAAACAAUCGCGCUGUGGAGUCUGAGAGUGUUAGCGUCAUGCCUCGCGUCAUGCCUCGUGUCAAAGAUUUUUCGAGGCUGGUUUCCAUAUAGAUAUUUUCUGCGUGGUUAAGUGUUUUCACUGUUUUGUUUCCUGAGUUAUGUUAUCUGAUAAUUAGGAAGUGCGAAAAGGGUUAUUUAUAAUAAUAAUAAAUGUUCUCUGAUCGUAAAACAUUUAUUUAAUAUUUUACGAUGUGACCGGAGACGGAGCCGGAGCUCAGAGCUGUAAUUCGGCCGGAGCCGGAGAUGAAAAACCGGAGUUUGCACAGCACUAGUGCCCACACUGGAGAGAUGUCUGUGUUAGAAAACUUUUCUUAUUUACUGAGCUUUCUUAAAUCUGUUCUAAUUCUAUUCAACAUAUUCCUAGGCAAAACCACCCCAAUAUGAUGUGGGGAAGAUCAAGGUGCCUAUCGCUAUAUUCUCGGGAAGUCACGACACGCUUUCGGAUCCGGCCGACGUCGAAUUGCUGAUACUGAAACUAAAAAAUCUGGUCUAUAUUAAGAAACUGGAAGAAUUUAAUCACGUUGAUUUUGUUAUGGGUUUGAAUGCGAAUAUUGUACUGUACCCAGACAUUGUUAAACUUAGCAAGGAAUAUUCUAACUUGGAUUAAGUCUGCCAACAAGCCGUCAACAAGUUGUGUUCGCCGACUGCUUGUCCCAAGUUGUCAGCAAGUUUGGAACAAGCUGUUAACAACUUGUAACAAACUUGAUGGCUUUAUCAGGCUUGUCGCAAGGUUGUUCCAACAAGUUUGGUAGAGUCAUGAUAUGACAAUAUUGUUACAACUUUGUGCCGUCAACCUUGUAACAUUCUUGUUAUAUCAUGACUGUAUCAGACUUGUUAGAACAACCUUGUAACAUUCUUGUUAUAUCAUGACUGUAUCAGAUUUGUUCGGAACAUUAAUUAUUAUUUUUCAAUAGUCAAAGUCGCAUUUUUCUAGUGUUUUAUUGGUUGAGAGCAUAUCACGUGAGAGUGAAAGCAGUGUGUUUUGUGGACCUCGGGAAAGCAGUGUGUUUUGUGGACCCUCGACCGUCGAUGUUUCCCUCUGCUUCGCCUCGGGAAACAUCGACGGUUUGGGGUCCACAAAACACACUGUUUCCCUCGGUCUCAGUAAAUAAGUGAUAAUUGUCACAUUCUUGUUAUAUCAUGAAUGUAACGGACUUGUCAGAGGG